AUAUAAUUAAAAAUUAAGAGGUGGAAAACCCAGCAGGAAAAAGCUAUAAGAAAGGUGAGGCGGUUAUCCUCCCUCCCGCGUUCUAAAAUUACAGAAUGGCUUUAAUUACUACACCUAUCGGAAUUCCCCUGCUGCAUCCCUCCACUUCGACCGCCGCCUUUGGAUGGCGCAGAAGAGCAAUUGCUGCCCAUCAUCAGUCCGAUGAGCUCUCCCCAUCCACUUUAUCCGUUCAAACAAGCAGCAAUACUCUCCGGAGGACAAGAAGAGAAUUAGUAUUAUUAUCCGUAGGAAUAAUCAGCGGAGGAGCGGCUUCUUCUUCUUUGUUGAAUGACGGAGGAGGAGUAGCUGAGGCAGCUGAAUUUGCUGACAUGCCAGCAAUCCGAGGGAAAGACUACGGCAAGUCAAAGAUGAGCUAUCCAGACUACACACAAACUCAAUCAGGCUUUCAGUAUAAGGACCUGCGAGUAGGAGAUGGCCCCCAACCUAAGAAGGGAGACACGGUUGUGAUUGAUUGGGAUGGUUAUACCAUAGGCUAUUAUGGUCGCAUAUUUGAAGCCAGAAACAAGACAAAGGGCGGAUCCUUUGAGGGCAAUGACAAGGAGUUUUUCAAAUUCAAACUAGGUUCUGGAGAGGUAAUACCAGCUUUUGAAGAAGCUGUUUCAGGCAUGGCUUUGGGAGGGGUUAGAAGGUUAAUUGUUCCACCUGAACUGGGAUAUCCAGAGAAUGACUUCAACAGGAGCGGUCCAAGACCAACAACAUUUUCAGGUCAAAGAGCCUUGGACUUUGUUUUGAAGAACCAGGGGCUGAUAGACAAAACUCUACUGUUUGAUAUUGAGCUCCUCAAGAUUGUACCACGUUGAGUUCAAAUAUUAAUCGUCAAUGUCUAGAUACUGCACUGAGUAUUACUAAUUAUACCUUUUCAAGGCUUUAAUGAACUUUGUGAUGGUAUAGGGCUUGAAGGACCCUAAUUUGCUGCUAGCCAAUGUAACACUUGUUGGGAAUGAGAAUGAAGAUUUACUGCAUCAGAUUAUUGCAUCAUGUUUCUCUUUCAAGACUAUUAACACUUGGCUUCCACCUGCCAAGCAUUAUGUGGAUUUUCUGGAGCUUAAGUAUGACUUCAUGAUUGUAUUUUUGAGCAAUGCAUCAUCUGUUUGUUGUCCAAAACAGAAGAUACUGUCUAGUUUUUUAAUAUUUAUUUUUCAUGUUUCAUUCUUUAUUUUGUGAACUAAGAUAAUUGUUGAAAGAAAGAAGGAAUACCAUACAGCAGAAAGAAAAGGCGGCUUUUGUUUUCA